GAGAACUAGAAUAAACGACUAUUGAAUUGCACUCCGCUCGACUGGUUAUGUCAGAAAUAUGUAAUAAUCUCGCUUAGUUUGUUCUGCAGGCAGUAAAAACACGUGGCGGCAAUUAUAAAACCGUUUUUUUUUUGUAUUUAUUACAAAUGAAAGACCGGACCUUGUUUGUUUAGUGUGUGAUUACUGGAAGAUCGGGGUUCCUUAAAGUGAUGUAAGUCUCUUCAAUAUGGUAAGGAGGGAGUAAAUGAAACGAGGAAUUUUAAAGAUUUGUCGGUGAUGAUAACUUUGCCACGUGUUGUGGAAGUCGGAAAAUAAUGCGAGUCUGAGAAAGAAAAUAUUUCCUACACAAGCACAGGGCCGUGGAUUUUCAUUAUUUCAUCUCCAGUACUUUCCUGUUAUUCCCCGUAUCAUCUACUCAACCAAUGAACGACCAAACCCUGGUAAUAUCUUGACAAAUACAAAUGUGAAUUUUUCGUGGGAGAACACACGUGGCUUCUCGUUGCCGCCCUAGUAUAUGCUAUAAUUCAAUUUUGAGAGAAAGAAGAAUCUGAACUCAACUGGUAUUUUAUUCGACUCGCCAAAAGCUGAAAAACAAAGUUGACGUUAGAAUUUGAACUCAGAAUUCACCGACUUCUCUCGAAAUCCUGUAAUAUCAGAAGUAAAAAUAAAACUUCUGAAAUUGUGAAACUUUCCAGUGAUUUUGAAGACCCAAAUAUUAUAAGACUGAAGCAUCAAUUAAUAGUAACAUGCAACCGAAUGCUAACCAAACACAGCAUGUAAUCCUGCAACCAAACACCAAUUAAAGGUAAUACAUUACUGAAGCACCUGCAGACCAUUGAGAGUUGACUGAGUGCAAUUGCUCUCUCAAAGAACAGAAAAUUAGGAAGUAAUUAACAGAGGCAGCACAGAAAAGGCCAUAGAUACAUACUUAGGAAGCUUUCAAGAUGCAAAUGGAAUUGUAACCGAAAACCUGACGCAAUACAAAUAUUGCUCUUUUCCUUUCAACCUGGAAUUGCAUCAUUCUUAUUUUGACCCGUCUCUCCGGUUUUUUUUUUUUCAUAGAACUUUAUGGAAUUUAUUUCACAUUCCAUUUUGGGGAUUGGCUUGGCUUUGGUUUUUACAGCAAAAUAUAUUUGCUAGCAUUAAGAAAUUAUUUCAAGGUUAAAAUGAUGCCAGUUUAAAAUUUCACUAAUACAAAUAUUUCAGAUGAAAUUAGUUUAUAUGUGGUUGCUUUUAUCUUAGCUUUAAGAAGUAAUUGAUGUUUAACUUGGUUUUAAAGGCUCAUGGAGAGAAUUUAGAUUGAAAGGCAGAGAAUAUUAUUUUCUGUGAACAAUAGGAAAAUUGUUGUUUAAAGAAAAGAGAUUAUUUUAAGAUACUUUUUUAAAUAUUUAUUCGUGUUGUUAAGUUCUACAUGAUAAAGUGUAUAGUCUAGUAGUAAGGAUGUUAUGCUCACAAUGACAAAAUCAUGGUUUUGAUUCCCCGACAAACCAAUUCUUUUACUGGUUUCACUCAUUUGACUGUGGCCAUACUGGAGCACCACCUUUAGUUGAGCAAAUCGAUCCCAGGACUUAUUCUUUGUAAGCCUAGUACUUAUUCUAUUGGUGUCUUUUGCCAAACCGCUAACUUACAGGGGUGUAAACACACCAGCAUCGGUUAUUAAUUUGAGGAAUCUCAAUAAUUUGAAGUCAGGUUUUUGAUUGAAGUGUCCUAAAUUCUUACCCUGUUAACUUUAUUCCAUUCUGCAGAACUAUUCUAGGCCUCUGAGAUAAACCAUUGUACUGUGUUUUUAAUUUUGAGAACUCACCUUCUAGGAAAAAACAUAAUUAAUUUCAGAAGGUAUUUAACCAUGAAAUACAAACAGAAGCAGUUGUUAAAGUGUGAAGAUUGCGGUAACACCAUCUCUGUGGAUUCAGACACCUCUUUGAUGCCAAACCAAAUAACCAACAAUGUUUUAUUUUGUGCAGCUUGUGGUAAAUCAUUCCCUCCAUAUAAACUUUUAUUAUCAAAAGACCUGCAGAAGAAGAAAGCAAUAAACCCUUAUGGAAUUUGUUGGAAAUCUUCAUUUCAAACUAAGAAUUUCUCUUGUCAUCAAACUCUUCGUGGAAAUGAUAAACUGUUUUAUUGUAGAAUCUGUGGAAAGUCUUUCAUCCAAAAUUGUGAUUUAAUCCGACAUGUACAGAUUCACACAGGGGAGAAACCUUACCAUUGCGAAAUCUGUGGUCAAAGACUAUCUCGCAGAAGCACGCUAAACGAACACAAGUGGAAUCACAUGGGAGAAAAACGGUUCCAGUGCGAAAUUUGCGGCGAAAGAUUUACUCGAAACAGUUCUUUCUCGAUGCACAAAAAGAAACACGGUGUGAAUAAGGGUCACCAGUGUGAAGUCUGUGGUAAAACAUUCAACGAAGCGAACAGUUUAUCUUGCCACAAACGUGUUCACACUGGGGAGAAACCAUUCCACUGUGAAAUCUGCGGGAAAGUAUUCACGCAAAGUAGUGAUUUGACACGUCACAAACGUAUUCAUACAGGAGAUCAGCCUUAUACGUGUGUGAUUUGCCAGAAAACGUUUUCUCAGAAUAGCAGUCUUAUUCGACACAAACGUAUUCAUACGGGCGUGAAACCGCACUACUGUGAAAUUUGUGGCAAAACAUUUUGUCAAAAUAGCGAUUUGUCUUCACACAAGCGUAGUCACACGGGAGAGAAACCAUAUUCUUGCGAGAUCUGUGGUAAAAACUUUUCUGUAAGUAGUCAUUUAUCUCGUCACAAAAAGAUUCAUACGGGAACGGAACCAAUGUGAGGAUUCUUAAAAUAAGCAAGCAGGUAAUUGUAUUAUUAUGUUCUGCUAAAAGUUGUAUCUUUGGAGACGAAACUGCUCAAAUAGAAUAAGAUUCUUACUUCUAAUGUGCAGAAAUUUUGGUCAAGUAACACUAAAUGAUAAACAACUUGUUUGGUUGCGUUUUGAAAUAUUUUAAAAAAUGUUCUGAGAAAGAAAAAUGAAUUAAGAAGAUAUUUAACCAUGAAAUCACCUCAACAAUACAAACAAAAGACGGUACUGGAUAGUGUAGCUAUCCUGUGCUGAUGACACUUAUUGAGGCAGAAACAUGCCCACAGAUGCACUCUUGUCUCUAGACUAUCAGGUUGUCUUUUUCUUAACCCUUUUACUGCAGACAUCAGAUACAUAAACUAAAAACUUCAUUACCCUUAACUACAAAAAAACAGUUUUAUAUACCAAUCUAUCUCUUGUUGAAGAAUAUUAUGUUUGAAACCAUUUUCUCUUGAGAUUUGCCAAUUUUAUUUAGGUAAUGUGAUUUGCAGAAAAUACCAAUCAUAUUUUUUGGCAGAUAUUUAACAUCAAUACAGGGAUGACCAUGAAAUUUAACUGUGCAGUUAAAGGGUUGAAUGGCAUGUCAGUUUUGAAGAAUUUUUUAUUUUCGAGAUUAUUUCCACCUUCUCAUUUGGAGACGGUCCCAAUCAUUCUAUCUUCCCUGGAAGCAGAGAUAAUUUCAAUUAAUCAAAAAUUUAUCUUAUAUACUCUUA